ACCACUCCAUCAUCUCUGUUUCUUCAUCCUUUACACACUUGCUGUUGUUGUUAAUUUCAUCAUCCUGAUCAGGAUCCCAAUUUUCUUCCAUUCCAUCACUAUGAGGAUCCUGGCACAACCAUCACUAUCUCCCGUCGCCACCGAUAAACGUCUCAAUAACGCUGCCAGCGGCGGCGGCGGCGGAGGCGGAGGAGGAGGAGGAGGUGGAUACAAGGAUAAGGAUGCGGAGUCGCUAUUCAGAACGAAACCGAUCUCGGAAAUCCGAAAUGUGGAGGCAGCAACCAGGUAUCAGAUCCAGGAGAAGAGCGAAGAGCUUCGUCAAUUGGUUGGCAAUCGAUAUCGAGAUCUCAUCGACUCUGCCGACUCCAUCGUCCUUAUGAAGUCUUCCUGCGAGUCGAUCUCCACCAAUAUUGCAGACGUUCAUCGUGGAAUCCUGCUUUCACUAUCUUCCGAAGGACCUCUUGUACCAAGAGUGUUGACCAAUACAAUCACGAACUCGGCCAGGGCUAAACUGUACGGCAUUGCUUGUCGAGUUAAGUAUUUGGUCGAUACGCCGGAGAAUAUUUGGGGUUGUCUCGAUGAAUCCAUGUUUCUCGAGGCAGCGGCUAGGUAUACUCGCGCCAAGCAGGUCCAUCAUGUUCUUGUUGAUGGGAGUAAUGAUAAAGCCAUCCUAUCGAAUUUCCCUCUAUUGCAGCAGCAGUGGCAGAUUGUGGAGAGCUUCAAGGCUCAGAUAUCGCAGAGGAGCCGUGAGCGGUUGUUGUCUGAUCAUUUCGGACUUGGGAUUGCUGCUUAUGCGGAUGCUCUAGCUGCAGUUGCCAUCAUUGACGAACUUGAAGCUAAACAGGUCUUAUCGCUGUUUCUAGAUUCCAAAAAGUCUUGCAUUUCUCAGAAAUUAGGAAGUUGCUGUACGGCCAGAGUUACAAGCUCAGAUGUUGUAUCUUCAUUCUGUGAUGUAUUGAAGAUCAUUCAAGUUACUGUAGGCCAAGUAGGAGAGUUAUUUUUACAAGUACUGAACGACUUGCCUUUGUUUCACAAAAUGAUACUCGAAUCACCUCCUGCUUCUCAACUCUUUGGGGGCAUACCAAACCCCGAAGAGGAAGUGCGCAUGUGGAGACUCUUUAGGGAUAAACUGGAGUCUGCAAUGGUGAUGCUCAACAGAGAAUUCAUUGGAAAGACCUGUUCCACUUGGCUGAGCAGUUGUGGAAGAGAGGUUGCCAAUAGAAUUAACGGAAAGUACCUGAUUAAUGCCAUCGACAGUGGGAAAGAACUUGCUUUAGCCGAGAGGAUGAUGAGGGAAACGAUGGAAAGUAAGCAAGUCUUGGAAGGAAGUUUGGAGUGGCUUAAGAAUGUGUUUGGCUCCGAGAUUGAAUUACCGUGGAACAGAAUCCGUGAGCUGGUUCUGGAAAGCGACACAGACCUAUGGGAUGAUAUAUUUGAAGAUGCUUUCGUUCAGAGGAUGAAAGUUGUGAUUGACUCUGGAUUUGAUAACUUGAAUGGAACAAUAAAUGUUAGAGAAACCGUUCAUGCCAUUUCUGAGGCUUCUGCCGAGUCAAACUUGGAUAGAUCACACCCUGGGGGUGCUGUUUGGUUCAUAGAUCAAAACCCAAAAAAAGUUGGUUCGAGGACAUUAUCAAAUGCAGAUUCGGAAGGAAAGGAUAUCCUUAGCUGCCUGAACGCCUACUUUGGUGUUGAAGUCACACAAAUCAGAGACGCUGUUGAUAGCCACUGUGAGACUAUUCUCGAGGAUCUAUUGAGCUUUCUAGACUCGCCAAAGGCUUCUGUUCGGUUAAAGGAUCUUGCACCAUAUUUACAGAAUAAGUGUUUCAAAAGUAUAUCAACCAUGCUGAUGGAUCUGAAGGCAGUCCUGGGAGAUUUAUCUAGUGCUCUUGAAAAUGUGAAUGAUAAGGUCGUUUCACGGUCUACUGUUGUAGACAAAUCUCUCUUCAUAGGACGGCUUUUGUUUGCAUUCCAUAAACACUCGAGACAUAUUCCAGUCUUACUUGGUUCACCGAGAUUAUGGGUUACAACAAGAAAUGUUGCUUAUGGAAAAUCAGCAUCAUUGUUUAUGAAUUCUAGGAGAUCUUUUGAUUCUCCUCUCCAACAUUCACCUGGAGGAAAUUAUUUUGAUUCUUCUAAAAUUCAAAUUUCUCUAGCCACUGCUGCUUUAGUUGCGAAGGAAGGUGGAGAAUUACAGCACCUUGAUGAGCUUAAUAGAUUGUUCGGGGGCUUGACUACUAACGCCUACAACUUGUGGAUAUCAUGGGUUGCUGAUGAGCUUUCAGCUAUUCUCUCCCACAAUGUUAGACAAGAUGAUGGUUUGUCAAGUACAGGUCCCGUAAGAGGUUGGGAGGAAACUGUGGUUAAGCAAGAACAGUCAGAUGAUAGCCAUUCUGAGUUGAAGAUAUCACUUCCAUCAAUGCCUUCUCUUUACAUUACUUCUCUUCUGUUCCGAGCAUGUGAAGAAAUUCAUCGGGUGGGUGGUCAUGUAAUUGACAAGUCAAUUUUGCAAAUGUUUGCUCAAAAACUAAUGGAGAAGGUUAGUAAUGUGUAUGCGGAACUCCAAUCCAACCAAGAGGAUAGUGAAGCGCAAAUGUCAGAUAAAGGGGCCUUACAAGUUCUGCUAGACUUGAGAUUUGUUGCUGAUGUUCUUGUGGGAGAUAGUUUGCAUAAGCAAGAAGGUUCAUCAAAAAGAUCAGAGAAAAAAUUCUCUUUGAGGAGGAAGCAGGAUGCAAACCAUCCUAAGUCCGGUAUUGAAGAACAGUUGGAUGACUUGCUUAGACGCUUUUCUCAAAUGCUGGAUCCUAUUGACUGGCUUACAUAUGAGCCAUACUUGUGGGAAAAUGGAAGACAAGCAUACUUACGACAUGCUGUCCUCUUUGGGUUCUUUGUGCAACUUAAUCGCUUGUAUACAGACUGUGUGCAGAAAUUACCCACUAACUCUGAGUCAAAUAUAAUGAGAUGUUCCACCAUUCCUCGGUUUAAGUAUCUUCCUAUCAGCGUUCCAGCAUUAUCUUCAAGAGCAGUAACCCAAGCGUCUAUGUCAAAUCCCACUGAUGACAUAUCUUUGAGAAAUUCAUGGAGGAAUUUCGCAAAUGAGGAUCUUUCCUCAAGAAUGGAUAUUGAUGACAAUUCUAGUUUUGGUGUCGCGACCCCUUUCCUGAAAUCUUUUAUGCAGGUUGGCAGCAGAUUUGGUGAGAGUACUAUGAAACUAGGAUCAAUAUUAACUGAUGGACAAGUUGGACGUUUCAGUGCCAUGUCAACAUUCGGUGAUAUUUUACCUGUCCAAGCUGCCGGCCUUCUUUCAUCCUUCACAGCCAGCAGAUCAGACUCCUCCUCUUGAUCAUCAGCCCUAGCUCCUCUUUGAAGGGUUAGGCAUUUUUUUUAAGGUCAAUUUUAUUCUUUACUGUAUUUUAAUAUCCUUACUAUAAAAAAUGAAGUAUGAAAUUGAGAGAUUAAGUAAUUCUUAUAUACCCGAGAGAGAUUAUUUCACCCUCAAAACUAAAAUAUACAUAUUUUUAUUUCUUAUC